CCUGGCCCACAUGUGAAAGCAGCUGGUGGAGCUGAGCUGUUCCCAUUCAACCACACACUCCUCAACCCCACUUCUCUCUCAGCACCAUUUCUCACAAUACUGCGGUGUGCAAAAACUUGUGCAGUGUCUCUCUGCCCCUUUUACCAAGCAAUGGCAGACAUGAACAAUCCUACUCACUCUCUGGGAUCAGGGCACCCCCACCACCACCACUAUGUAUUUAACCGCACAAGGCCAUUUUUCUAUGUUCAACCACCCAGCCAGCCUUUCUACAUGUACCAAUGGAAUAUGAACUUGAAUCCCUAUGGCAACCCUGCAUCUGGUUUGCCUUAUAUGCGUCAGUACAUGGCUCCAUACCCAUGUAUGUCUGGAUAUCCAGGUUAUGUGAUACCCCAGGCCCCAGUUUACCCUGUGGAAUACAGACACAUGUUCAACCCUCAUCGCCCAUCAUCCUCUGCAUAUGGUGUUCAGUUAAGGCACCAUCAUAGCCGCCAGACAAAGGAAACGGCAAGCUCUGAGGUCCAAACAGACCAGAGUGACCUUCUCACCAAGCUGACUGACAGUCUGGAUGCACUCGCAAUCAGUGAUAUUGCAGCAAAAGAAGGAAAGGAGCCAGUCACACCUGAUACAGAGGUUCUUCCCCCAAAAAUCGUGACUCAGUCUUCAUUUGACACUGGAAAGACAAUUGAGACGGCCAUGCCCAGUGAUUCCACAGCUCAAGAACCGAGGAACAGUGAAUCUGUUCUGAACAAUAUGGGCAAGGUCGUCUGGGACUUAAAAGCUGAGGCACACGACAAAGCCCAGGAUGACACCCAAUCCCUGGUCUCAGGAAUUGGCAUUUUACCCCUCGACAGCUCCUCAGUCAAUGGGGAAGAUGAGGAUGUACACUUUUCCUGUGAGAUGCCUUGUCUGGCUGAGAAGCUUCACCAUACUGUUGCACUAGAGGUGAUGAAUGGCAAAAGGAAUCUAGGGGUGGAGGCUGAGGAAGACCUGCCCUAUCGCAUCCUGAGAUUACCCUGUGACAAGGUGACCACAGGCAUGUUGCAGCAGGACCAGCCCCUGUGGUUAAUUGACCCCUCUACCUCCACCACUGUAUUCCCUCAGAACUACAUGUCUGUGGCCAGCAGUCACUCAGCAUACUACAGCUACUACCCAUAUCCAACAGUACAGGUAACCACAAGGCGCCAGAGCAUCCUGACCCCAUCCAUGGAUGAGCUGUCAUCCAGGGAUGAGCUUUUCUCAGACAUUGAUAAUCUUGAAAAUGACUCCAUAAUUGGAGGUGGAGAGGUCGUGUCCAGUGAACCAAUAUAUAUAAGUGGUGGGAAAAUGGCCACAAAUGGAGAGACAUGGGAGGGUUCUGGGAAGAAUGACUGCAGUCCAUUAGCCACUAAACUUUCCAAGAUGUGUCUGCAGACUUGCGUUUGCUGUGGUAAGAGCCUGGGGAGAACCAAUGAAAGGAUGCCUUUUGGAGGAGGGAAAGGAGGGAGUAUGCAGAAUGAGUAUCAGGACAGAUCAGAUGAAGCAGAGGAGGUGGUUACUGAAGGAGCAGAAGUGCCACAUCAUGUCUACAGCUACUCCACUGCAAGAUCCUCACCACAUGCCUGCCCUACUCCUUAUCUCCCUCCCUUCCACCUAUAUCCUAAGAGAAGGUCCAGAAAGACGUGCAACUAUGAGGAACAUGAUGCAGUGGGGGAGAUGGUGGUGCACAAAGAGCAGGCGGAGCAUGGCAAUGGCCAAGGCCCAGACCGCUGUCCUCCUGCCCAAGCAACAAGAAAAAGUAACAAAUAUAAAGGGAGAGGACAAAGAAAUCCCCCAUCCAGGAAUCAUAAUGACAAACCCUGGCUAGAACGACCAGCAGCAGUAGCACCAAACAGCGGAGGAAGCUGUGGUCUGAAAUAUAAGCUCAGGUCAUCAAGACCUUAUUGUGGGACAGAUGAAGAGUGCCUCCAGCAUAACAGGCCUGCCUGCAAAGCUUCAUUCCAGCAGAGGCCCAGGAGGACGUACCAUGAUUACCAGGAGAAUGAGGUCUCCAAUAGUUACAGGAGCAGAGGGUCCACAACGAGAAGAAGCACAAGAUAUUGAGUAUUUGCACCACCCCAAUAUAUUAUUUAUAUUUAUAAUAUAUUGCCUAACUAAGAUCUAAUAUAUAAAUUCACUUGCACUAUGCACUAUGUAAUGCACACAACACACAUUCUUCUAACUUGAUAGACACUAAUGAUGGAAGGUAUUGGUGUUAAUGGAGAUAGUAUGCAACCAGUAAAUGGCUUGCAGUAAAAAGAAGAGAUCCUGAAUGUCCACUGUUUUAACCCAUGUUGCAGGAUGUAUCUCAACAAGUUGAAGUGAAUGUCUUCCCUUAGCUUUGUACAGGCAUUGGACACCAGGUUGAAUCAGGUUUCUGGGUAAAUGUUCGCCAUACUGAUUUUACAUGAUGUGUCUUUAGAUGAUCCUUGGAUCCCAAGAAAUGCUUGUGUUUUUGGUGCCAAUUCCACAUGAUUUCCCUUAUUUAUCCUAAUUGCUUAAGAAAUUGUGGAUUGGUAAAAGAUGAGUCAAGUUUUUAUUAUCUAAGAAAGCAUUGUUUUUAUGGACAACCUGAAAGCAGUCGUUCAACAUUGUCUAUCUGCUUCUCAAUACUGUUCUAGAAUUAAUAAUCAAAUUUCCCCUGUCAGUUUAAGCCAACCAUCUGACAGCUGGUUUCUUGGUCAGCACACACACCCACUUUUAAAUAUGAAUUUUGUGGGAAAUGCUGUACCGUACUGAAUGUCAAAAGAUGGCUUUUUUUCAGUCAGUGUCUGACUGCCUCCUGAGUGGCUGCACACUUGACUGGGUCUGGGAGGUGUAGAUCCAGUUUAUGUGAACAGAGCUCGUCCUAGUUUUAACUGGCAGUACAGCAUUCACUGGAGAUGUCAGGCUGAGAGUGCUAAUAGUUUGUUUUAAAAUGAAAGAUACGUCCAAAACCUGAUACGUUUUCACAAUUUUUAAAAAAAGAUAAUGACAACCUGACACUUCUUCCUUUUCUAUUGAAUGCCUUGAAUGUUUACAUUGCUGAAAUGCUUCUUCAGUAUCUCGCUGCCUCCUCUCCCAGUGUGUGUGUGUGCUGGACUGGGUCUGGGAGGUGUAGACCCAGAUCACCUGAACAGAACACUCCUAGUUUUAAUAGGCAGUGAGACUUUCCCUGAAGGAGCAUGCUACUUGUAGGCCCACUUAUCCAUGACUGCACUUGGUUUCCAUACUGUUUCAACUUAAAAAAAAAAAAAAAAAAAAAAAAAAGUGUUGAAGAAUUGUUUUCAGCUGUUACAU